AAUCUCGAAAUGAGCUACUGGUGGUCAUCACUUUACUGGUCCAUGCCCUCUCAGGAGGAUUAGUCAAAUCCCAAAAUAAUACCGUGAGCGAGCAGUACCACCGUGCAACUGCACAAAUGGCAGUAGCAAUGUAAAUCAGUUUCCUCUGUUUCUCUAUCAUCUAUCUAUCCAUCUAUCUUCAUCUUUCUCUUUAAAUCCCACCCCCAACCCCCAUUCCCAUCCCUCAUUCUCUUUCCUAGCCCCGUACCCAUUCUGUUAGUUCGUACACCUCACCGAAUUUGAACGAUCUAAUCGACAACGAUGUCGGUAACGUCGUAGCAAUAGAAACCCAGCACAGUAAUACAAUUAGAGUACAUUACCACAGCUUAGAGAGCUCUACGCUUUCUUAAGCAAAUAUCCCCUACCGAUUGAAUGGGACGCGCUUAUGGUUUCGAGGUUUGAAUCCUAUAGGACAAACGCAUGCUUAAUUCCUAACGGAAUAAUCGAAUCGUUUGGCUAACACCUCCUGUCGGAAUUAUGGAAUUCGUUGGAUUAUUAGCAAAAUUCAUACUUCGAAGGUAAUAAUACUGAUUUAAUACCAAAAUCACAAAAUUUUUGUUGGACAAUUCAAUGCUUUAAUUCCAUUAGUUUACCAAAAAAUAAUCGAAGUAUACGAGGAGAAUGAAAAAAGAAAAACAAAAGCAUUCACCAAACUUGUUCUAUAUUUAAAUCGUCAAAAAUGAACUGGGACAACCCCUACGAUAAAUUUAUUCCAAAAGAUAUGAAUAUAUAUAUUUGUCUUCUUCUAUGUUUAAUGAAUUUCACAAAAGUUCAAAGCGGGGGUUGUUUGAUAAAGUAGAAAGUAUAUUAUGGGUAUAUGCCAUAGAAAUAGAUAUUCCUCGUUAAAUAGUGGAAAUGUUGAUAACGUGAAUGGUCACUGAACCACUGACACAAUAUUUUUUCACCAAACGAUCGUGUCACCCGUUGAGACCAUCGCGAUUCUCUGUUUUGAUUUCUGACGGUAAGAGAAAAAGAGACAGACAAACAGACAGACAGAGAGAGAGAGAGAGAGAGAAGGUAAAGAGAAGGAGAGUGGACUUGAAAUAACUCGGGCCAGGAGAAACGACGUCUAUUAAUAGUUGCAGAGAAGAGAAGAGCAUCUUUGUCGUGAGUUUGGUAUUCCCUGUGUCUCUCCACAGUUUUUAUCCGAAAAAUAUACAUCAUAAAUAUUUGUUGAUUCCCCCUUCCUUCGUGAAUUUCUAAUCUCAACAAUUGAUAAUUCUAUCAGAUUAUAAUGUUUAACGAGUACUGGUUACUGUGCUGGUACUACUGUUGAGGGAAACAAGCAGCAGGUCUAGUGGUGAAUGUACGAUGUGCCUAGACUGUUACAAAAAUAGAUCUAGGGAAUUGGAGUUGAGGUUUGAAGUAGAAGAAAACUAAGAAGUCAGACAAGAAGAAAAAGAAGAAGAAGAAGAAGAAGGGUGGAGGUAAAGUUGAAUAGUUGGACAAAGACGUAAGAAGAGACUUUUGCGAAGACAGAGAAAUAGAAUUUGGUUUAGUCGAAGACACUGAACUUGGGAUGAUUCUCGGAGGUUGCUACAGCAAUAUAAGCCGUUGCUACUGGAACUAAGUUAAAAUCACGUUGGUGCGAAUCUAAAUAAAGAACUAUAGUUAGGAAUGAGUGAGUGAGUGAGUGAGUGAGUGAAAAGAAAAGAAAGAAAAGAGAGAAAGAGAAAGAGAGAGUGGGGGAGUCAUCGGUGUUCCAAGAGAGGGAUUUGUGAGUAAGAAUGGUAGAACGAAACGCGUGCACUAACAGCACAAGUAACAGCAGCAACAGCAACAGCAGUAAUAACAGUAACAGCAGUAACGAUACUAACGUGAAUAAGAUCAAUACCGUGUCUUUAAAUGGCGUGUCAAACGUUGUCCGUGAAAGUGGAGUUUACGAGGAAGGUGUUGGACUGGAUGAAUUGACGAGUUUACGUCGUGCAAGUGGUGCAAGAUUUUCUAUUUUCAAAUGGUUCAAACGUGCCGGUAGUCGAGCAGCUACGAUUGAAAAAAGAAGAAAGAUACUGGAUAAGAUUACUCGUAGCGAAGAAAAAGAAGAAGAAGAAGAGGAAGUAACAGCUGAAGUAAAAGAAAAGAAAGAAGAGGAAGAAGAAGAAGAAGAAGAGGAAGAAGAAGAAAAUGGAGGACAACAGAGCGUAUCUUCUAGCGCGGAAAGUGUAGACACGUUUUAUAGUACAACAACUGUACGAAGUUUCGCAUUUCAUAGUGGUGGACUAAUAACUGGUAAAGAAUUGUCAUUGGAUAUUUUGAAGCAGGCAGCUGAGGUAGGACCAUUCGCAGCUGGUGCUUCGAAAUUGGUUGCUAACAAAGAGAACACAGUCGCGGAUGUCGCCUGUACGUUGCCAUCUAACGUUCAUUCCCGUAGAAGGGAUAUUACUGCGAGAUAUUCCCUUCAACCAACAACGACUAGUUAUUCCUCCUGCGAUAAUUUACCAUUACCGGAGAAAAGACCACUUUCCGGUUCCUUGAGAAUAAGACAUCAUCAUCAUCAUCAUCAUCAUCAUCAUAAUCAAAAUAAAAAGGAAUUGGAUGGUAUAGAAAUAAACGCAGUUAGACGUAAGGUACACGUUAAAGGUAAAAGAAGAGCACCUAAUCCACCGGAGGAAAAAGAAUUAUCAACAAAGAUCACCGAGGUCGAUGUACUACCACUACCACUACCACCACUACCACCACCAGUGGUUGUCUUAGUAGCGCCAUCAAAAAAUAGCAACAGACGAAAGAGACCAGCACCGAGACCUCCAGAAAAUCUUGAUACUUUAUCCCGUUCUUUGUCUUUACAAAGAAAUCUCACAAAUAUCACCACAGAUGUUGGAAUGGAUACGAAAGAAUAUUAUACAAAUAAACAAGAAGAGGGACAAGUUAUCAGUAACGAUACUUUGAUAUUACAGGGUGGUCUUUUGCAUUCGAAAAAAGAUUUGGAAAAGCAAAGUAUUGUUAAAAAAGAUAAUAAAAAUAAUUUAGGUCUUAUUGGUGUUGGUGGUACUGCAGCUGGUGGUGGUGGUAAUACUGUUACAACUUUAGAAAAUAUUCAACAGGAUACUACGAAUUUUCGAAUUGUCGGAGACACGGGAACAAUUUGUACGGCCAUGCCGCGACCUUGGUACAAACGUAGCGUCUUUGAACAUUCUCGAGAUUCCACGACGUCUAGAAAGGCCGAUGUACUUCGUACUUCAACUACGACGAUCGGAACUAUAGAUUCUAAAGAGGAAACAACCAUAACCGGUGCUCAAUCAUUGUCAUCUAAUUUAACAUCCUCGUCAGCUUAUUCCAUGGAUACUUCAUUAUCCAGAUUAAGUUUUUUUCAUCGUGGUGAAAGACAACAGAUGGAAGAACGAAAACGAGAUGUUAAAAGAAAAUCAGGAUUAUCAAUUUUAACAAACAUAAGCGAACUUGACAAGGAAGCAGCAGCUAUCGUGCAAGAGGAACAAGCACGUGCACGUGCAUCGAUGCUUUUAAAAACUUCCAGAUUCACUGAAGCUUUCGAAAGGACAAGUGACGUUAACGAAGAACUCGUUCAAGAUAUGAUUGCCUCAGCUAUGGAAAAUUCAUCCCCCAAACAACGUGGUACACGUGCAUUGAUAUCAAAAUUCAAUGCAAUCAGUAAUAUAACCAAGGUUACUGUUAACAGUAAUUUUUUCGCUAGAAGGGAUCAACAGGGUUCCAAAUUUGAACAGGACGUUAUCAGAAAGGCUAAAGUUGAACAAACGGAAUUUAAAGAAAAUUCCAACAAAUUUAAUCGUGGACAAAAUGUCAAAGUAUACGACAAAGAUAUUUCCAAAUAUUUUUUACCCCAACAGCAAAAAACUACAACUACGACUACGACUACGACGACGACAAAAGUCGACAGUAAAGAUUUAGUAGAAAAUAAAUUAUUGACAACAACGAAAAAGGAUAACAACGAUAGAUUGAUAAAAGAAACUUCCAGUAGGAUAUCAUUCUUACAAAGUCAGCUAGUUGCAAAUCGAAUGAACAACGAGCCUUUAACUUCUACCAAAGAAACGUUUCUACCAUUGAUGGAAGAAAAAAUGAAAUCUAAGAACGAACAAGUUGGAUACAACGAAAGAAAGGAAAAAGAUAGGAAAAAGGAUAAUGUUAUUUCCAGUGGAAAUGUUAGUGGGGGUGAAGGAUAUUUGUUAUCUCGUUCACGUGAUUCAACUAACCCUAAAAGCAUGGAAAAUGUAUUAACCAAAGAGCCUAGAAAAUUAUCCGAACGUAAUUUCGAAACUACUCAAAAAGAAUUUUCUAAUAUUUUCGACGAAAUAGAAAGACAAUUGCGUACUAGAAAAGAACCGAAACAUGUUGCUCAACUUACGCCAAUUUCCAAUCUCGAGGUACCUAAGGACAGGGAGAUAUUAUCUAUAGAAGAAGCAGAAGAGGCAGAAGAAGAGGAAAUAGAAAAAGAAAAAAUAAAAGAAGAUGAAGAAGAAAAAGAAGAUGAAGGAAUAUCGAGUAAAGUGACUAAAGUGCUCGACAUCCUAGUGGAAGCUGAGAAAGAUGGGAAAGCAAAGAAGGCGAUUAUGCGAGCUACGACGAAAUCGAUCCCGAUGGAUGAUGAGAUUCAUCGUAGUUUGAUCGAACCAACUUACAAUAAAUUCAAGCCAAAUAAAAAGACACCGGUGACAUCGUUGUUGAACACCAUGGAAGAUCGUUCUACGACAGAUUUAAAAGAAAUGUUAAAAGAAAUGAAACAUUCGUUACCGAAACGUCCAAAACCUAAGAAACCUAGGUCAACUGAUGAAGUAUUAUCGAUAAACAAAGAUUACUUGCCAAGUACUAGCAAAAUAUCUUACAUAGCUAAAUCUGUAUUGAAAAAGGAAGCAGCCCCAUUAACUCAAACUCCUCAGUUAGAUUAUGAGAUUGAAAAGCAAAAAGUAUCCUCUUCCUCUCAAACGAGUGGAAAUGUACGUCGAUUGAAUCAACCGUCAACAUCUUCAUCUUCACCUUCUUCUACUUCUUCUUCUUCUUCAGUUUCUUCCUCUACAGGAUGGAAACAAGAAGAUGUCGUUUACAGGACAUCCGGUAAAGCUGUCUCGGGUUUGGCUUUAGCUAAAAACACUUUUCAAUUGAUUCGCCCUCGUGAUUUCGCUGUGAUAGAAGCUAUCAAGACAACCAAGGGACAACAACAUCAACAGUUACACAAGGAAAACACUUACGCGAAUGUAAUCGAACGAUCACUUUACGCUAACGCCGUUGUUCCACCCACGACUAAGCACCAACGUGAUGAGGAAGAUCCUUCACGUUCUGUUAAGGGGGUUCACUCUUCUCAGAAUGAUCCAGGAUUAUCGAAUAUAUCUCCUUCGAACGAACGACCAUUUAUACAUUAUGACGAGGAACCUAAAGAAGAAGAGACAACGAACAAUAAUAUGAACACAUUGGCAAUAAAUCGUUUGUUGAGAAAAUUGGAAGCAGCAAUAGCUUCGGGUCAUCAUCAGCAAGCUGCAGGAUUAGCAAAGGAAUUGGCAAGAUUAAAGAUUCAUUGUUCAGUUAUACGACAACGUACAGCACGUUUAAAAGAUCGAUCGAUAAAGGUUAAUAUGUACAUUGAAGAUAAACUGGCUCAUCAAGGACCUAUACCUCUUCAGCUACCAACGAGAAUGACGGUCGCCGAAUUGAAGAUUAAAGUCUACACGGAAUUCGAGAUACCAACUAACGUGCAACGUUGGAUUAUUGGAAAGAAUUUAGCUGAUCGUGAUGAGACUACGCUGGAGGAAUUACAGGCGAUCGAUGGUUCACCUAUUUUCUUAUAUCUCGUUGCACCGGAAUUGCAAAAGGAUUCCGUAGUAGUGCAAGCCGGAAAAUCAAACUCCCUGGAAGAACUUUCGAAGGUUGAGAAGGUAAUACGUCAACCGGAAGAAAAAGUAAUAACGAUGAAGGAGGAAGUUAAACCGACUACUGUCACUCCUUAUGAUAAACAGGAGGAACAGGUUGAACCUGAGGAAGAACAGACGCCUGAGGAAGUGAAAAUGGAACGUUACGAGGAAUUAAUAUCUUUAGAAAAUUGUGAUGUUAUACCAAAUUCUGAAGCUAUCGAGUGUCCAAUAUGUUUCGUAACUUAUGGUCCACGUGAGGGUGUAAUUCUUAGAGAUUGUUUACACAUGUUUUGCAAGUUAUGUAUAGCAAACACAAUAAAAUAUUGUGAAGAUGCUGAAGUAAAAUGCCCAUACAGGGACACCGAGUAUACUUGCGAGUCAACGCUUCAGGAACGUGAAAUAAAAGCGCUCGUCGAAGCUGAAGUUUAUCAGCAACACCUUGCUAAGUCGAUUGCUCAAGCAGAAAACAAUGCUGGUAAUAAUGCAUUUCAUUGCAAAACACCUGAUUGUCCUGGUUGGUGUUAUUACGACGAUGACGUUAACAAUUUUCUCUGUCCUGUUUGUGGUGUCAAUAAUUGUCUAACCUGUCAGGCCGCACAUACUGGAAAAAAUUGUAAACAAUAUCAACAAGAAUUAAGAUUAUCCAAAGAAACCGAUCAAGAAUCUCGAAGGACAGCAGCAAUGCUUGAAGAAAUGGUUGACAGGGGUGAAGCAUUGGCUUGUCCUACUUGUGCAGUUGUUCUCAUGAAAAAGUGGGGCUGCGAUUGGUUGAAAUGUUCAAUGUGUAAAACAGAAAUAUGUUGGGUAACUCGAGGACCACGUUGGGGACCAGGAGGUAAGGGUGACACAUCCGGAGGCUGUAGGUGCGGAGAAAAUGGAGUCAAGUGUCAUCCUCGUUGCAAUUACUGUCACUGAGAACCAUUGGAAGUAUUCUGCUUAUUACCUUAUCAACCUGGACAAACACAAUGCACCUUUCUUUAUCUAUUCAAAAACGUCAAGUCAACCUACUACUAUUGCUGUUGAUGUUCUAAUGACGUUAGGUGAUUCAUAAUAACACGUCAUUGUAUACAUUGAUUUCAAAGAAUGUGAGAGAAACAAUGAGAACAAUUAAACACACGUCAUUAUCCAUUUAUAAUUAAUAAGAUUUGUAAUAAAGGGAUACACCAUAAGAUAUCAUUUUUAAUCCUAACCUAUAAUACCAUGCAUCUUAUUCAUUGUAAUAAAUUGUUAAUUUUUGUAAACUCACGAGUAUAUUAA